AUGAACCAAGAUUCUUCAUUUACAAGCGCACCUGGCCCUACACAUGUCUCUAACUUCCGUAUCCAAUCAGAACACUCUACUCAUAGUUCGAGGAGAGCUUCUCCGGAUUCCAGACUGAGCAACUUUGAAGAAGAAGAGCGCAAUGGGCUCGAAAUAGCAUCCGCGGCCCUCGGGCAACCGGAAAGAGCGGGCGAAGUUCCCUUUUAUACUGGAGAACGUACCGGGCCCACAUCAGCACUAGAUGUCUGCUUACCAGAUCAGUCGUUACCGAGACAUUUUCUCAUCCCGCUUCACAGGACGGAUCUAUCUGACGAAGACCAAGAGUUUCUCCGCAAAAAGGGGGUUUUCACACUUCCCGGGAAAAACGCCUGUGACAGCCUGAUCGAGGCAUACCUUCUCCAUGUACACCCUGUGCUGCCAGUGAUAGAAGCAGAUGUGCUUUUGCGUCAUCACAAAGCGGAGAAACUCGCAGAGUACAACCUCUUGCUCCUGUGGAGUCUUUUCUUCGUUGCUGUCAAUUGCUUAUACAAUAACGGAAACGAACGGAACAAAAUCGUGCUUUUGCAGUCCUCACUUUUGCUGGGCUUCUGGCACUCGGACAUGGACGAACAUGCACAACCGUGGUACUGGACAGGUAUUGCAGUAAGUCUGUGCCAGAUUCUUGGCUUGCACCGGGACCCUGGCACGAUUCACAAUCCCUCCGUAACUGCUCGACAACGAUCUUUUUGGCGUCGUCUUUGGUGGAGCUGCUUUUUCCGUGAUACUUGGCUCGGUCUCACAUUGGGAAGGCCGCUGCGGAUCAAUCUGGAGGACUGUGACAUUCCCAUGCCAUUAGUGGAUGAUAUGCUGUUUGAUAUCGAUAGCCGAGAAGAGCUAUCUCUUACUACCCACUUGCCGAGCGACAUGCAAAGAUUGGCUGGAUACUGGAUCAUGCUCAUUGAAUUAAGCCGCAAAUUGAGCAACAUUCUGGCUACGAAUUAUCGCACUGCUCGAUCCAGGCCGUCACUUGAUGAAAUUGAAGAGCUCGAGAAGCAGCUUUUACAGAGUGCACUUCCAGAUCAAUACGAAAAAGGUCUGACGCGUAUUUCAAGAUUUUGCUCCAAUCAUGUUCAUUUGCAUUACCAGUCAGUGCUGUCUACCCUCAAUAAUUCCUAUAUCCAAUCAGUCGGCUGCUUCUGUUGUUUUGCUACGCUGCUCCCGGCUAACUCGUGUUCAAAUGAUCAAGACCGCCGCUCCUCGUUCCUGCAAUGCAAACACACCUGCUUCAUUGCAAAUCGGGGCGAUCCCCUCUCCAAACGCAUCAGGCUCAAUAAGCUUGAAAUGUGCAUGCUAGUCAUGGAAGAACUCCAGAAAACAUAUACUGUCGCUUCGAUAUACCGUGGAAUUUUCACGAAGGCUAUUCAACAAAUCUUUCCGGGUUACUCGCCCCCCGUGGCACCUUUUAGCUAUUCAGCCAAAGCUGCCGCGGUUCCUGAGACUGAAAAUCAUGCCGAGGUUCCACUUGCGAGCCCAGAAAAUCUUGGUGAUAACAGUCAGUUCAAUGAUGCCGUAUUUGGUGUCGCAGACGAGGGGGACAUGAUGAGCGCGUUAAUGGAUGAGUCUUCUCUUUUCAGCCUUUGGGAGACGUGGAAUCAAGUUUGA